UGGCAUAUCUAAUUCACAUUGCAAUUUGCAAACACACUUCUACUCCAGCAUAGUUCAGAAGGGCAAAUGGGCAGCCGCAGCAGGGGGAUGAUGAACAAGAUGAAUAUGGUGAUGGCUUGCUUCGUGGUUAUGGCGGUAGCUUUUCCUUCAUUAUUGAAUUUGAAAGGUGCAACUGCAGAAGAUUAUGUUGUUGGUGACAGCUUCGGCUGGGCUGUUCCCCCGAACACCUCUUUCUAUUCCGAAUGGGCUGCCUCAAAGACGUUUCAGAUAGGAGAUGGACUUGUAUUCAAUUGGACUGGAGACCACAACGUGGGCGGAGUGGCAUCAAAAGAAGAAUACGAUAACUGCAUUGACCCAGGGAUCGUGUUCGGCCCUGGAGUGAGGAUCGCAAUCAAUUCUACUGAUUCACUUUACUUCAUCUGCACUGUUGGUGAUCACUGCGAGCGAGGCCAAAAGGUCACCAUCACCGUUGGAUCAGCAGCCAACAACUCCUCUCCUCCUCCACCACCACCACCACCCUCCUAUGCUUCAUCUCUCACUCCAACUACUCUCGGCUCUUUCAUCAUCUCCACACUAGUUGCCAUUUCUUUCCUUAAUCAUUCUUAAUAAAUUCGUUGUCCUAUAUUUAAUUUAAAACUAUGUUCCUUUUAUUUAGUAUAGUUUGAUCAUAUUCAUAUUUAUCAUUACAAUAACAUGAUGUUAUGCAUCAACGCAGUAUUGUAUUGUACAAUUAUUUUGAAUAAAAGUGAUACGUGUGUAGAUUGUAAGACCAAACGAAAUGUAAUGCACGCUUGCUUGGCAAGGGUUUCAACUUUGAAGUUUGAACAUGGCGUUUUUCUUUUCUGGGCAUAAUUCCAAUGCUUGGUU